GUGCCUUUGCUUGCAAGAUGGUUCCAUUUGUCCAGUCCACUGCUAUUGUAACUGAGAUCCUUACCAUGACCUGCAUUGCUGUGGAAAGACACCAGGGAAUUGUGCAUCCACUGAAAAUGAAGUGGCAGUACACCAAUAAAAGAGCUUUCACCAUGCUUGGCAUAGUGUGGGUGCUGGCUCUCCUUGUGGGGUCGCCCAUGUGGUACGUGCAGCGCCUUGAGGUUAAAUAUGACUUUUUAUAUGAAAAAGUGCAUGUUUGUUGCUUGGAAGAAUGGGCCAGUCCCAUUUAUCAGAAGAUCUAUACGACCUUUAUUCUUGUUAUACUCUUCCUUCUGCCUCUGAUGCUGAUGCUCUUUCUGUACACUAAAAUUGGCUAUGAACUCUGGAUUAAGAAACGAGUGGGAGACGCUUCAGUUCUUCAAACCAUUCAUGGGAGUGAAAUGUCUAAAAUAUCAAGGAAGAAGAAGCGAGCAAUUGUUAUGAUGGUGACAGUGGUGUUUCUCUUUGCAGUCUGUUGGGCCCCUUUCCAUGUGAUUCACAUGAUGAUGGAGUACAGUAAUUUUGAGAAGGAGUAUGAUGAUGUGACAAUCAAAAUGAUUUUUGCAAUUGUCCAGAUAAUAGGAUUCUUCAAUUCUAUUUGUAACCCUAUUGUGUAUGCUUUCAUGAAUGAGAACUUCAAGAAAAAUUUUCUGUCUGCCCUCUGCUUCUGCGUUAUGAAAGACAACACAUCCCCAAGCAGGCAGCUUGGGAACUCAGGAAUUACCAUGAGGAGGAAAAAGCCAAGUGCAUCUCAGAAAGAUCCCACGGAUUGGGACGAAGGCAGGAGGGAGGCAUUCAGUGAUGGCAACAUCGAGGUCAAGUUCUGUGAUCAGCCAGCUUCCAAAAGGAAUUUGAAAAGGCACCUGGUCCUGUUCAGCUCUGAGCUUACUGUGCACUCUGCAGUGGGAAAUGGACAGUAGCAUCACAAGGGGGUUGGCAAUGGAGAGUUGUUCUCUUUAUGUUCGUCUCAAUAAGCCAUUUACAAGAGUUUGCUGCUUUGCAUGCUGAAAUGAGGGGGGAAGAUGAUGUGUGGACUCUAAUAAUGUUGGGAUAGUGACUGAGAAAAUGUAAUAUUUAUUUUAUAAUUAUGAGGAGUAAGAUUUUGGAAAUGAGCAUUACUGUGUGAUUUCCAGGAGAAAAAAAUUGCUUCCUGACCUAAUUUAGGGCUUGUUUGCCCUCUGCUUCAGAUAAACCUAACAACUGCUGCUUGCUCCAUUUAUUGUGUGUCUGGACUGUGCACAGCUCAGUCCAUGGAGACAGGAACUAUGGAGAGCAUGUGCACCUUUUUGGGACAGCUGACAUGGGGAUGACAUUGUCAGAUCUAUUUUCUGCAUCUUUGAGGACAGAGCAGCUUCAGAGCUGAGUUCAGGAAAGAUGGAGACUGAAAUGCAGUUCCAUUUUAGAAAAAAGGAAUAUGAAACCUCUGAAGAGGUUUAAGGUUUAAACAUUACAUGCAUGUUCAGAUUUGUUAACAGGAAGCAUAUUAGUCAAUGCAUGCAUAAUUCCUGUGCUGUUUACAGGUUCAUUCCUGGGUACAAAUUUCAAUGCCAUUUUGCUGCCCUGCAAACUGCAUUGUUCUGCUGGGAAAUGGAGAGGCUGGAAAAGUGCUGUACAAGAGAGUGCAGAUGCAGGAGGUGUGGUCUGUGGAGUAAAACUGCUCUGAACUUCCAGUCAUGCUUUGGGCAUGUGACUCUCAGGUUGAAAGGGUGUUGUUGCCAUUUUCUGGAGGGUUACAGGGGCCUGAUCCAGAGCCUAUCAUGGAAGACUUUCAAUGGAAUACCUUGGUGUUUUGACCAGACACUUCUCUGAGGACAUGCUUGUAUUUUUGUCUGUCCAUCAUCUUCAAAGGGGAUUGAUUGCUGUCUGACAGCUGGGCCAGUGCUUUGUUAUUUUAGGCUUCAUACUAAGUGAGGUUGAUAUUCUUAUAAAUUCUAAAUGUUUUUGCUCUCAGUGGGCCCAACUGCAAAAUUGCCAAGGUGUGUUUGCAAGUGUGGGACUGGGGGGAGGUAAGUGUGAUUUGAACUGGUGCACUGGGAUCUGGUACACUGAGAUUCCAUAAAUGAGGCCUUGAAAUUCAGGAUUUGCCACUCCAGCUGAGAUUAGGUUGGAUCCUUUAGCAGCCUGUAAAAUGUCAGUGCUCUCUUCUGUCACCCCUUGCCUCACCUGUGGGACAUUGGUGCUGCCUUGGCAGUCAAUUUAAGAUUCUUUUACAUUGCUACUUUACACUUCAUUGUAAAUGAAAAUGUAGAGUAAAAUAUCCCUGUAUAAUUUGGAUGUCAUCUCAUCCUUCUGUAUUGUCUACAGAUUGCAAUGGGUUUGUGACACACUUUGUUCACAUAUGUAUUUUUUAUUUUCUGUUUGACACACUCCUGUGCAAUGACUGAAAGCUCCUGACUUGUCCUGAGGGCCAGGAAUUAAGAGUUUAUUGGGUUAUCAUCAUGGUUUUCCUCAGAUGUAAAGUUCAGCUGUCUGAUGCUGACAACUAUGUGUUUGGAUAGAAUCUGUGACUGAAAACUGAUUUAUUUUAAGCUAUUUAUUUAUUUAUUUGCACUGCUAAUUUCAGUGGCAGAUUUUAACAAGCAUUUAAGCAGAACUUCCAAGUAUCUUCUGUUUUUGUUUUGUCUUCCCUGCUUCUGUUGUCUCAUAAAACGUUGUGUCAAUGAAUAACUGCUGUAGUAUUAAUUUUAUUUUCAUUAAAGUUCCUUUAUGGC